AUGCAGGCCUGGCUCUACUCCAAUACAGCAGACGGAAUGGAAAAGAAUCUCCACCUCGACACAUCAGCACGCACACCCCCGCCCCCUAGAGGCAACGAAAUACUCGUCAAAGUCAUCUCAGCUGCUUUAAACCCAGCAGACUACAAAGUCCCCGAGCUAGGAUUUCCAUUCCGCAUGCUGAUCGGCACCCCCGCAACGCCCGGCAUGGACUUCUGCGGACGCGUAGUCAGCACCGGACCGCUAGCGAAGCAUCUCAAAGAAGACACACUAGUCUACGGAUGUUCAAGUCGACCGGUGCAGUUCGGCUCGGCUGCUGAGUAUAUCGUUGUUGCAUCAGAUACCGUUUCCAUCGUACCUGAUGGCGUUGCGGUUGAUCAUGCCGCUGCGAUGGGCGUUACCGGGCAGACCGCGUACCAGAGUUUAGACGGGUACGUGAAAGCCGGGGAGAAGGUAUUGAUUAAUGGAGGCUCCGGUGGGUGCGGAGUCUUUGCUAUUCAAAUUGCCAAGGCGAUGGGGUGCCACGUUACGACCACGUGCUCGACACGGAAUAUGGAGUUGUGUUUAAGGCUUGGGGCGGAUGCUGUGAUUGAUUAUACGGCCGAAGAGGAUUUGGUUGCGAAGUUACAGCAGAUGGGGGUCGCAUUCGAUCACAUAGUGGAUAAUGUCGGGCUUCCUGACAAUCUUUACUACCAAUGUCAUCUCUUUUCCAAGGAGGAGGCGACGUUCGUUCAGGUGGGCGCUUCGUCGUUGUUGACGUUCGUGGCGAGAAUUGGAUGGCCUUCUUUCUUGGGUGGUGGGAGAAGGAAAUAUGUCCCUAUGGCGACGAAGAUCGAUCAGAAGCACUUGGCACAGCUGGGAGAAUGGGUGGCUGAUGGUACGAUUACGAUGCAGUUGGAUAGUGUGUUUGAAUUCUGUGAUGCUGUGAAGGCCUAUGAGAGGCUUCGGUCUGGUCGAUCUAGAGGUAAGAUCGUUCUGCAUGUCAGUGAUCCAUCUGCUCGGAACAUGGAGCCCUUUGGCAUAGGCCUUUGA